CGUCAGCUGUGUGUGUGUGUGUGGGUGAGGGGGGAAGGCGCUUUCGCUCGGUCAACCAAGCGAUGUCAACACAUCUCACGGCGCCUGCUUCUCAUUUUGCGGAGACCGGAGUGGGCGCGGCGGAACCGGCGGAAGCCUGAAGGCGGAAGGCGGGCUUUUUUUCAAAGCGGCUCUCUAUGAAAAAUGUGACGUGCGUUGGAAACUGUUUGAAGUUGUCUGUAGUUGUCUGCAGCUUAACAACAACCGCUCUGAUUUGGUUUAUUUGACGGGAGAUCAUUGCUUGCAAUGCCAUGGGUAUCAAAAGGCUGCCGUCCGCAGUAGUUUCCUCCCUCAGAACGGACGUGACAGUCACAACCACUGCUCAGUGCGUCACGGAAUUGGUCCUCAACUCCAUUGAUGCUCGUGCCUCCUCCAUUGCUGUCAGAGUGGAUCUCAAAAAUUAUAAAAUACAAGUGGUUGACAAUGGAUGUGGACUAUCAUCAACUGAUUUAAGUCUUGUUGGUUCCAGGUAUAUGACUAGUAAAUGUCGUUCACUCCAAGACCUGCAAAGUAAUCUUAGCCAUUUUGGAUUUCGUGGUGAAGCUUUGUCCAGUAUAUCAGAGGUGUGCGGUACAAUGACCAUUGCAUCCCGUUAUCAAGGCUCUGAUGAAACUUUCUGCAAAGUGUUCACACGAGGAACAGCACUCAACGUUAGCAAAUCACGACAGCCUAGAGCAUCCUGUGGUACAACUAUUACGGUUGCUGACUUCUUAUUCAAUAGACCUGUGCGAAGAGCUCGAAUCAAGCCAGCUCUGGAUUUGGAGGAAAUAAAGUCCCACAUUGAAUCAAUUGCUUUGAUAAAUCCUUCUAUUUCAUUUUCUCUCAGAAAUGAUGAAAAUGGAGAGGUAAUGUUGCAGACGCAAAGAACUGAAGAUACCCAAUCGGCAUUUGGAACUUUAUUUGGUGACAGUAUAGCUGGUAAUCUUGUUGCUGUGAAAGAAUCCAUGGGGCCUUUCAAAGUGGAAGGGUAUAUAUCAAAUGAGGCCAACCCAUUGAAAAAUUUCCAGUUUAUUUACAUCAACAAGCGUCUUCUCCUAAAGACCAAAAUACACAAGCUUGUCAACUCCCUCUUGUCCAGAAGUGCAAUUCUAAAAUCAAACAAUGUUCCUUAUGCUCCUAUAUCUAAGGAAAUGAAUCACAACGUGUUUCUAGCCUUUUCUCCUCCCAAAAGAGACAAACAUGCAGUUUUUGUGCUUAAUAUAACAUGUCCUUUGUCUGAAUAUGACAUAACACUUGACCCCAAGAAGACUCUUGUUGAAUUUUGUAACUGGGAUUCUUUGCUCAGUUGUUUCGAGAACCUCCUGAGAAAGUUUAUUGAAAGGGAAGCUAAUCAGCCUUCUGCAAGUAAUGGCUUGGAUAGUGAGCCGCCUCGCAAAAUAAAAUCUGUGAUUGAUGAGAUAAAUCUUCUGGCAAGAGAAGUUGCCAUUGGCGGUGACGUGUCUGAAACAUCUGAUGACUCCAUUAGCACCAAAAAUUUACCUAGAGCUAUUCAUAGCCUACCUGCCAAUCGAUGCCCAGUUAAUUUAUCACCUGUACCAUCAACUGAAUGUUUUCCUUCAACUUGUUCGUCUGAGACUUUCUCCCGUGCUACAGAUGUAAAGCGCACCAUUUUCUCUACAUCAGAUCCAGGCUCUGUUCUUACAGAGAAGCCCUAUGUUCCUUUGGCACGUGGCCCAAUUCUGAAAGAGAAACCAAAGCAGCCUUCAGGCUGGACGGAAACUGAUUGCUCUGAGAGAUCGCGCCACUCUGUAGAGUCACUGCAUUUCUUAUUCAAACGACCUGAAGCCCCAGUUGUAACUAAACCUACGAAAAGUUUCAUACCAGAACCCAUAUACUUCCAAGAAAACUCUAGCACCAUAGACAACCCUCUCAGACUACAAGAAAAGAACUCAAGAGAUUUGGGGGAAGCUGCAGUUAGCCCUGUGAACGCUCUUGCAAAUAUCAAAGAAAUCCGGAGAAAAAAGCUCCUAAGUAAGUUGAACAAGUUUUCUUUCAAUGCUACCUGUGAAAAACCAAUACUGCUGAAGACUAAAUUGCCAACUCAUCAUGCAAGAGACACUACUCAUCAACCUAUGUUCACAACUGACAAUAAUCAAGGGAAGUUAAAUAAGACACAUCAAGUUGCUUUUGCAAAAUCACCUGUGAAUAACUUGAAAGAAUCAAGAGAUGUCCAAAAUACCUUUACUCCAAGUAGUGUGGAUUCUAUACAAAAUUCAGAGAAGGGCACUUCCCUUAUUGCCAAUGCAGCAAGUUCUGCUGCCGCAUCAAGCUGUAGAUCAGAAGACCGAAAUACUCUAAUUUCAACUAAUUUCUGUGCUCCAGUUAUAACUUCAUGCAGUAAAAGGCGUGCUGAUGAUGUUAUCAAAGGCAAUAAAAAUGUGCUUAAACCAUCAGGAAGUGAAGAGAACAAGUAUGAGACACUGCAUAGCACUUGUGUCAAAGGUAACCAGGAACAUGUGGAUAUUUUUACUGAGAGCAGUAAUGAAUCGUUUAUGUCUCAAGUGGCUGAAGUAUCCAAAUUUAGAUGUGGAGAUAUGUCUGUUGGUAUUAGAGAGUCAUCACUUGGAAAAAAUUCAGUAUACUCCGAAAUGUCACUCCCUGAUGAUAGUAUUGGACAUUCUAGCACAAGACUCUGUGAUGCUGUUCCAUUUAGUUUAGAUAUAUUCCAAUCUACUGACGCAGACCGUGAGCAGCAAACACUGCCAAAAAAGAUAGUGGAUUAUGAUAGUUCUCCUUGUUCGUCACAGGAAUCUUCGAGGAGUGUAGAGAAUCUAGUUCAAAGUGACCCUAUUAGUCCAAGCCUUUUGAAACGGAAACUUGCAAAGGAAGAUGAGCUCCUAGUCAAGAAAUUUUGUUCUUGUUCUGAAAGCCAGUUUACAGAAAAGUCUUCUGACUCCCAAGAUAUGAAUCAAGAUGAGGAGAUGUUGAAACUUGUUGAUAACAAUUUUAUUCACACAGACACAAGUAAGCAAGAAACUAGCAAGGUCACAUCCUCUAUUCCUGAUAUUUACAAAAAGAAUUUUGAAGCAGCUGAGGGUUCAAAAGAAACAGUCUCAACAGAACACAACCACAUUAAUUUUCUUGAUAAAGAAGUGGAUGAAGUCUCAAAGUGUCUAGAACCAAUACCAAGCCAACAUCCCUCUCAGGAUGACUGCACAGAAACCAAGAAUUACCAGCCCAAUAUUAUGGAGGUCCAACCCUCUGGUGUACCUCAAGACAGCCCAUCCACAGCAUCUUCAAAUGACCAACAACAGUGGAUUGAGCAGUUAGAUCAUAAUGGAAAAUCAUUUUACUUACAUCAAAAAAGUGGUUUAACCACCUACCAGAAGCCAGAAGAAGAGAGGCAGGGUGCUUUUAAAAUUGGUGAUAGGUAUUCAUUUCUUCCAAAAGGAAUGUCUCCUAUUUUGUAUGACAAAGUUACCAAUGAGCCAAGCAAAAGUCCCAGUAUUACACCAUUUAGAAUGGAGGAUGAUCUUUCUGUUGUUAAAUGGAGCAGUGAUGAUGGCAAUAAAGGUGGCAAAAAAACUGAUUUCUGGCCCCUUGUAGAUCAGUUACUCUCUGCAGCUGAUACAUUUUCUACAAAAAUACAGGCUGAAAGCCAAGUCUCAAAUGCUACAAACCAAGAGCUGUCUCAAUCAGACAUUAAAAUUUACAAUGUUAUGUUUCCUUACAGUUUUUCUAAGGACUUAUUCAAUAAUUUGAGAGUUUUGGGACAACUCGACAAUAAAUUUAUAGUUACAGUGGUGACUAUAAAUAUUAACAAAGAUGUCAUUGUUCUAUUUGAUCAGCAUGCAGUUCAUGAACGCAUUAGAGUUGAAAACUUAACUGAGGAUUACAAACAACAUGAUGGAGAAGCCAAAUGGAAAUCAGCUCCUGUUGAUCCAGCUUUACCUAUGCAACUGAGUUCUAUUGAAGUCCGUAUUCUUGAAAGUUACCAAGGAAAAAUGGAAAAUCUUGGAUUUCAUUUCAGUGUCGUUGAUUCCACCACAAUCAGUGUUUUACGAGUGCCCACAUGUCUUCUUCUGCGAGAAAACAGAGAGGUUCACGGAAGAGGAGUGUCAGUACUACGACAGCACUUGGAAAGUCUUAUCAGGGAACAGGUGGAUUCGCUUCUCAACACAAGAGGCGUUGGAACAGAUCAUCCAACCAUAAUUCAGAACGUCAUCAGUUCGGAAGCUUGUCGAGGUGCUGUCAAAUUUGGUCAUCCACUCACUGUUGCGGACUGCCAAGCAUUCCUACACAACCUUUCCCUUUGUAACCUUCCAUUUCAAUGUGCCCAUGGUCGCCCUGCUUUAAUGCCUGUUGUAGAUCUUUCCAUGCUCAAGCCAAAACCUCAGAAUCAAAAGCCAAACUUGAAAAAGCUCCAGAGGCGCCUCUUGUGAUUCAGUUCUUUCCAGCCAAGAAAAUUCCAUGACAAACCUGUGUCUUUCAUUUUUGUCAUUUCUUUGCUGUCCCCUCCCCAUAUGUGCUGUGUUAUUAUCUCAAAAUAGUUUCUUAUCAUAUCAAGUGUACUGGGACUGCUUUUAUUUUUGACUUCAUUUAUCUGUGAUUUUUUGUGAUGUAAACUAUCAUAAGUUUUUUGGUGAUUUGUAUUGUGUACACAUACGUUUUAUGUUAGAUGAAGUAAAAAAUGUAUUAAACAAGCUGCAGAUUUCUCUCUCAUUCUUUUUAAUUUCAAGAUAGUAAAAAUUAAAAUAAGGUAGCGUCUUAAAAUUUAAAAAUCCUGUAAAAUGCCUGUUAUUUUAAAAAUGGCAUGGAAAUAGGGAAGGCGACAGGGGCAAGGUAGGCCACCGUCCGCAUGUGGCACCUGGGUGGCGCCCUUCUAAAACAAAUUACGGGUUCUGCUGUAAGUCGAAAAUUUACAUGCUGGUCUCCAAGUAACAAUGAUAAAAUAAGGACGAUAUACAAACGUAGCUCCAUGGUGUACACCACCAACUUCACCUACUUCACCAACCGUUUGUAACUGGAGUAGUAACUGGGAUCGUGGAUGGAAUUUCCCAUACAUUUGCGGCUUAGCCUCGCAACAAGGUCCGCUACGGGACGGGAG